CAGUACUGGUUUUGAUCUGACUUGUGGUACAUUGGUACAUUUCGACCUGAAUCAUCGGAACGAAACAGGAAACAAAUCCCUGCUCGAUCUGAUCUGUAAGAGAAACAAAAAGAGAGAAAGAAGAGAAUUCCUAUUAAACGAGAUUGAUUGGCAGAGAGUUACAUGCUGAUACCACAAAUAAACAUGACGUCCAUCGGCUUAUUCGUCUUUUUCCUCGCUUUAACAGCAAUCGAUGCACAGAAUGAAUGUUCAAAUGGUGGUGCUAAUUGCGUCAAUAUUCGCAAAUGUCCGGAGGUCAUGUCUAUCUUGACAAAUUCAAAACCGUUUUCAGCAGAGACAUUGCAGACUCUUAGAAAUUUGCAAUGUGGCUUCGAAGGCAGCGACCCGAAAGUUUGUUGCAGCCAGGCACCGACAACAAUAAUGACAGAGGCUUCAGAUCUAGAAAAUCCACCAAAUCCACCAAAUGUGACGAACCAUCCGAAUCUACGUCUGUUGAAUCAUACAUUGUGUGGGCCCAUCACUGUUUCGAAGUUUAUCGGCAGUAACAACACUGAAAUUUUUGAACACCCGUGGAUGGCAUUAAUCUCAUACGAUACUGGAAAGCCCGAUCCGGAGUUCCGUUGUGGUGGUACAGUCAUCAACUCUCGCUACGUCCUCACCGCCGCUCAUUGUGUCACUUUCCUUCCAACGGGUAUACGACUGAUAGGUGUCAGGGUAGGGGAUCACGAUAUAAGCAAGAAACGUGACUGUUAUACGGACCGCACAGGACUCGAGAUCAUGUGUGCCGAGAGGUAUCAGGAUUUCGGUGUGGAAAGCGUCCAGUUCCAUCCGGAAUACACGAGAACAAAGCUGCAAAAUGACAUCGCGCUCAUCAGAUUGAAUAGUACAGCGGAUUUCAGACCUCAUAACGUCAAACCCAUUUGUCUGCCUUUUGGCACUGCGACGACACUACGUCACAAAAAAGUUUUAGUGAUCGGUUGGGGCACGACGGAGUUGGGUCCGCGCAAUCAAGAACCUCUGAAAAUGAAGCUGACACUAGUGAACAACGAACAGUGUAACGAAAUGCACAGGCCGACCAUGCAGAUCUGGUACAAGCAGCUAUGUGCUAGCGGCCGAAAGGACGUGAACUUCUGUUUGGCCGAUAGCGGCGGACUUCUGCAGGCAAUUGGUAUAUACAAUGGUAGAAGUGUACGCAUGAUCCAGUACGGUGUGGUCAGCUACGGACUGAAUCAGUGCGACACUGAGGGAUUUCCUGGAGUCUAUACCAAUGUCGCCUACUACAUGGACUGGAUUCUCAACACACUGACAGAUUAAAACGAAACUAAGACAUUGCGAAACGAAGUCUUUUAUAUCGAAUACUUUUAAUUUCCGUGCUUAGAAUAUGGUGACGCAAACGCGGUAAUCUUAAUUGUGAUGAGAAUGAAAAAAUAAAUUUGGCGAGGUGUUCGAUAAAUAGUACGUAGAUAAAUAAAAUUGAUUUCAAAAGGUUCCCAAAACGAGUAAUAAGUAUAUCGACAAAUUUCUUAUUCAGAAAACUGGACAAAUAAAAAAUCGCGACAUUGUUAUUAAGGGGAAAUUAACUAUUAAAUUAAUUUAUUGGAUGUAAAAUAAAAAUAUCUCAGUGAUUCUAUUA